AUGCCCGUCCUCAAAAAAGAUCUGGACGGGCAAGAAUUUGCCGGUAAGGAACUCAACGUUGAGGAAGAAUUUUCUGGUUGGAAACUCAAUGUAGUGCAAAGUAGUGCAUCGCAGCAGAUCGAAUCUGGAGAUUCAAGCGAAGUGACGAUGGCCAGUGAAAGUGUGAAGUUGGAAAAGAAACAAAGAAAUUACGAUAAAAUGUUCGAGAUUCUCGCAAGGGAACUGGGACACCUGGAAUGCAAGCGGGACAUUGGCCUCGCGAUCACAUACGUAAUAGUGGACGAGUCAGACGAGUUAGCACGAUACACAUUCGAUUAUAUGGAUGAUUUUUUGGAAUGCUAUAAGGGUGAUGUCUUUGGGGGGCGGAAAGCGAAUUGUGUUGUUACACUUCACGCUGAUCUUUUUGACCAACUUACUCAAGGACAACGUGUAACUGAAGAAGCUCUCGCAUCGGGAAAGCUAAAAAUCGAAGGAACAUUGGAAAACAAAAGAAUAUUUGAAAAUUUGGACAGCUUUGCUGCUACAUUCCGUUCAAAACUGUGA